GAUUUCCUUGCUUGCAGUGGCGUUUAACCGCCACCAGGUAGUGCUAUUUCCCCAGUGCCGUGACCACCUUGAUUGACAAGGAGUUUUCUGUCCGCUGCACACGCCAGAGCAUGCGAGGACUAUCUUGCCCUCGUACAUCUGCAGAGAGGAGGAGGAGGUGGAGAGAGCAACAACUGGAAUGAUGGAGAUGAGCAGCGAAUCUUCCCAUCACUAUGGAUCUCUGGAAUGUACACAAUGGAAUAGGGACGGCAACAAAGCAGAGGACGACGUGGUGUCCAUGGCGGACUCCAGCAUUACUGUAGAUGACAUCGAGGGCGAACUAUUCAAGAUCGAGAGGAUUAGAGACGUUCUGGUCCGGAGGGAGUCUGAGCUCAGAUACAUGAUGGAUGACAUUCAGCUAUGCAAGGAGAUCACUCGGCUGAAGAAGGAGCUGCACAAAUUAGUGUCCCUGCCAGAUAACGACAAGUCCAAUGAGGACCGACAAAAGGAAGAAGAACUUCUGCAGCAAAUCCAUAAACUGGUCGAAACGAGAGAUUUCCUGGUGGAUGAUGUUGAGUUUGAAAGACUCAGGGAGAAAGAAGAAGACAAAGAAAUGGCUGACUUUCUGAGGUCUAAAUUUCCAAGACACCUGCAGAAAACAGGUGUACCCAAGCGGAGAGUAGCACCCAGGGCUCAGCCGAGCUCUUCUCCCUUGGCCAAAACGGGCCUCACCCUGCUGAAGGAGUGCUGUGGCUUCACAUGCUCCAUCAUGUAGUUUGUGAAGAUCACAGUUGAGAUUGCACAAAAUGAUUGUCGGCAUAUUUAACCUCAACUCUCCCAGAUAAUAUAUAUAAAAUAGUUAUGUUUCCUGUGCAUAAACACAUAGCACACAUGCUGCUUUAACCAUUCUGGUAUUAAAACAAAGCUCUCCUCAUUGGAGCUUCAUGACACGGCUGACUAGUCCAAUCACUGCUGUUACUUUUUAAUUAACGCUAACAUUAGAGAGAGUGACAUUAAUUGCUAACUGAUGUGAUGCUGCAUCAAAUUAAAUAGGACCUUUUAGAGACUAAGCUGCUUGUUAUAUUCAGUGUUGCUAGUGCUACCCAUGCUAUUACCAUGUUAUUGUUUACAAUAGCAGGUACGUUAUCUAAUUACAAAUUCAAACGUUGCAACGGCGUUACCGACAAGAGUCAAGGAGUCAAAUAUGGCGCCUUAUUAUGCACUGAUGUUUACAUAAAGCGAUGCUAUAGCGCCAUAGCUUUUUAUCUUCGUCCGGUUUCUCCUGCUCUUCCUAAAUUGUGCACCUGAUGGCUUUGUCUUUUCCAUGUGUUGUUGACACGUAUUAACAGCACUAUUGUCGUCAACUCAACUAGCGGCAAAGGCUAAACCGACUCAUAUCCACUCACAAUUACCUCUUUUAUUUGACAUUUUUGAAGACUCUUGGUCUGCAAUAUAAAUAAUAUAUGAUAUUAACAAUUAAAUGUAUUUUAUUUUUGAGCAAUUAGUUGUAAGUUCCUUUUUUUUUACCAUAUAAUUAACCUAAAUUUAGCAGGCGAUUAGGAAUUGAGUAGGUUUUACAGAUGUGGCAGCUAACCAGUCGGUUGCUCUGGUCUGUAGAAUGAAUUUCAUGGGAGGUUCCAUGAGGUUAUCCAGUGGCUGCCGGCUCACACGCUUCUUGUGACCAAUCAAACUACAGAUUCACAACUGUGUUGCCAAGAAGAAUAGUCUCCAUGGCAACCUCAUAUACCCCCCCCCCCCCCCCAUACCUUUACAAUGAGACAGCCAAUGCAGCGAUUCAAAGGAUGAGAUUGUGUGUAUGUGAUAACAAUCAUGCAUGGAUAUUGGUCUUAUCUCCUUUGGUCGUCUUUAUGUUUUGAGGUCAUAAAAACAAAAACCAACUUCUGAGCAUACAAAUCCCUCAUGUAUACAUGAUUAUGAUAAAUACUUGGGCUCACACACUGCACUGGAAUUUGGAGGCAUG